CCACCUUUCAAAAAAAAGAAAAAGUCAAACCAUAUUCCAACCCUAAACCUUCCUUGCGAAAAUGAAACUGACUAACUGAGAAGGUACCUGCGGCCAUCUCCCACCUCAAUGGACUACCGCGAUGGAGACGACGAUAGUGAGGAAGAAGAAGAAGGAACUGGAGAGUCGACAACGAUGAAGUGCGUAUCAUGCAAGGAAGAUUACUGCGCACGAGAAGCUGGCACCUGCCGGGAGUGCUACGAGGAGGCCAGCGAGACGGAGGAGGAGCUCAAGCGCGAGAUCGAGGAACUCAAGGCUAAAGUCAACUUUCUUCGGUUCUGGUCUCCAGUAGAUCCCCUCCAUUACAUUAAUCUCUCAUCUCCUCAGCGAGGCCCGUCUCCAUCUUCGACUCCCUGCUUUACCGACGUUGUUUUAGUGGCCUCUAAUGUCGGGAGUGAAAAGAACGCCACACAGCCAGUUCCUGUUCCGGCCCAUCGUGCUGUUCUUGCGAGUCGGUCCCGAGUGUUCAGAGCGAUGCUUGAGAAUGAAAUGGAAGAAAGCCUCAGUGGCACGAUUAAAAUCAGUGACGUGUCAUACGAUGUUCUUCGUGCCUUCGUCAAUUACCUGUACACAGCUGAAACCUGCCUAGACGAGUGCAUGGCUUGCGACCUUUUGGUGUUAGCUGAGAAGUAUGAAAUCAAACAUCUGAAGGCCUACUGUGAGAAGUUUCUCAUAUCAAAGCUAAAUUGGGAGAACUCACUUCUAAACUAUGCUUUUGCUCACCAACACAAUGCAAAUAAUUUGGUUGAAGCAGCGGUGGCAUUGAUUAUGGACAAUAUGGACAAGCUGAGGAAGCGCGAAGAAUAUGGUGAUUUGGUGGAAAAGGAUCCUAGGCUUGUUGUGGAACUCUAUGAAGCUUAUUUAUGUAAACAGACCAACACUGCUGCUUGUAAGGAUCCUGUUGCGAAAUGACAGUUCUCUUUUUGCCUGGGCAUGAAUGUGUGAAGUUGAUUCAAAUGAGGGCUCUUCAUAUGAGGUUAAUGUAUGACGUCUUAUUCUCAGGUGUUUUUAUAAUGUCAGUACUGAAUUAAAGGCUGAAUAAUGAGUUUUGAAUCAACAACCUUUAUAUAAUUAUAUUUCUCAAGACUUCAAAAUAAAGCAACCAGCAUCAUGUGUCUGCUAGGAGUGCUAGCUACUCCUACAAUAUGUGUAAAUGUACUAAAUUUUUUUGUAAAAAACACAUUUGUUAUGUAACUCUGUUUUUUUGUCAGGCCAUUGAUGGCAACUUAUUUACAAUGAAACAUGUCAUUUACAUGUUACAAUUUGAUGCCAUCAUCCUCCCUUUGUUAUAAACAAAUAGUGCUAGCUGUUGGGAGGAAUGCCUCUAGGCUACAAUAUGUGUAAAUGUACUAUUUUUUUUUUUUGUAAAAAACACAUUUGUUAUGUAACUCUGUUUUUUUUUUGUCAGGCCAUUGAUGGCAACUUAUUUACAAUGAAACAUGUCAUUUACAUGUUACGAUUUGAUGCCAUCAUCCUCCCUUUGUUAUAAACAAAUAGUGCUAGCUGUUGGGAGGAAUGCCUCUAGGCUAUAGAGAGAGGUCAAGUGUUUAAUUAAAUGGAAGAGACUGCGUAAUUCUUAUUUUAUGUCGGAGUUUGGUAGUCAGAGACUCAGAAUGUUUUUACUUAGAUUGAAAUUUGCUUAUUAAGACUGUUUAAAUCUGGCCUGGUCUGGUAAAUGUCUUUUAUAACUACGAAAGUUUGGUUUGGCCUGAACUGAUCUGAUGUGAACUGGUUUGGUCUGAACUGAUUUGAGACUGAAAGCUGGUCAAGCAAAAACAUCCUCACACUAUGACGACACAGCUAAAGAGAGGCGAUGAUUGAUGAAUAUGUUGUGCUGCGCUUGUGUAGUAUCGCUUAAAGACAAGGAAAGGAUUGGUGGGUGAUUUAUUUGUAAAAAGAAAAAUGUGGAUCAUAAGUCAUAACUUGCAUUCAAUUUGUAACCAACUAAAGGCUGUCAAACACAACUAUGCGGAUCAUGUAAAAGAAACACAUAAAGUAUGGUAAAUUUAGCUUACUUUUAAUAAAAUUUCUAGCUUGAAGAGGUUACACUUUAAGUUUUUUUUUUGACUUCAUG